GCGAAGACGGGAGGACGUCUCGUCGCAGUCCGCAGAGCUAAAAGCAGCGUUUUUUUUUAGCGUCGUUUGUCGCCGUCGUCGUUGUAGGCGUCGCGUCGGCGGUGUUUAAUCAACAACAAACAAAAACACAAAAUAUAUACAUAGAUAUAUAAAAAUUAUAUGCAUAUAUAUUGUAUAUAAAUUUAAUAAGCUAUACGAAAAUAAUAAAAAAGAGUAGCUAUUAUGCCGUUGUGUACAUUUUUUUCAAGUUUCAAUAUCAACUAAAUCGUAAUCAGAAAUUCACAUGCAACAUGAAUUAAAGCGGCAAACAUAAACUGCAUACAAAUACGACGAAAUCAAAUCAAAGAAAAAACAAUAAUAAAAAACAAAAUAGAGCGCGUGAGAGAGCGAGCGAGCGUGAGAGCAGCAGCAGCAGCAGCAGCAGCAUCAGCAGCAGCAGCAGCAGCAUCACCAGCCGCAGCCAUGUCUAGCAGCGAUGAUGUGCAGAUCACCAGCGUGAUUGAUGCCAAUGGGCAGUCGCUGCCGCUGCAUGGCAACAGUUUGGGCGGUGCGCUCGGUCCGCCCGUCAAGCAGGAGGAUGAUGCCGAAAUACGCGAAUUGGCGGCCAAAAUGAAGGAGCAGCAAAAACAACAGGCCGCCCAGCAGGCCAGCCGGCAGGCGGCCAUGCAGCAUGCAAAUGGCGGCGUCGGUGGCCCCUCAGCUGCAGCAGCAGCGGCAGCUGGCGGUGGCGCCGGCGUUGGUGCAAUGCAGCCACCCCUUACCAAUGGCAAUGGCCAGACAAAUAUUAUGAGCUACCUGUCGCGACAUCAGAAGCUACCGAACGGCACAAUGCAAGUGGUGCCCGCAUUGGCUGCCAAUGGGCGUGCCAAUGGCGCGAUCAGCGAUAACGAUAAGAAAUCAUCGGGCGGACCAUGCGAUGAGGAAUCGAUAAAGGGGCAUUUUGGUUGGGCGCAAUUUGGCAAAGUAUCGAUACCGUAUAUAUACAGGCAAUCGGAGAAAUAUUGCUCGGUGCGAAUGAUCGAGCUGAAGCUGCUCGGCAAAUAUCUAAAUUACCUGCAUCCGGACAUCUACUCCAGCUGCACAUGUGUACGCAGCUAUUACAUAACCGAUGCAGAGGCGCGUCUCUUCAUCGAGAUCAACCAUAAGCAUUGCGAUGUCGAAUUCGGACGCGAUAUUUUCACGCAAAAGGAUCUGGUUGUACGUCUCAGCGAUGCAUCGAAAUUUUAUCAAUUUCUCGACAUUUGCUAUCGCAAACUGAUCGGCGGCAGCAAAACGCCAUCGGAGAAAUGCGGUUUCAUACGCAUCAAUAAGGAGUCUGUCGUGCCGUAUACCGUGCGCAACAAUCAGCAGGUGGUGCCGCUUUUCUAUUUCGAAGGCGAAACCGAGAACCUGAAGACGAAGGCGGAACUGUUAAACGGCUGGGAUUUGGCGUAUUUGAAAUUCUGCUGCAAGGUCCAGGGCAUACGCAACGAGCUAUUCUCCAGCGAAAAUGUCGCCGUCAUUUCGCUGACGGACAUCAAGAGCUACUUUCCCAACGGCACCGAGUUCGAGGACUAUUGGCCCAGCAAGGUGGUCGACUCCAAUCUCCUGAUUGGCAAUCGGGCGAAUGCCAAUAACUCCGUGAACUGGACGCGUCAGCCAUCGGCGCCGCCGCCAAAGAUAACAUCCAGCGUGAACAGCAACAGCAGCGCAGCCGCAGUACAGAAGUCCCAGCAGCAGCAGCAUCAGCAGCAGCAGCAGCAACAACAACAGCAGCAACAGCAGCAGCAGCAUUCCACGGCCGCGGCGCAGCAGCAGCAUUUGAUGAAACAACGGGCUGCAGUUGCGGCCGCAGCCGCUGCCAAUGGCGUGGCAAACGGUGGCAAUUUCUCGUCGGCCGCUGCGGCGGCGGCAGCUGCAUUCAAUACACACGCAGCGGCAGCGGCCAUGCUCCAGACGCAGGGCAAUUCGCGCAUGCUGACGCAGGCCACUGUCCAGGCACUGGCCACCGGUGGCUGGAUGAAUAGCCAGAAUAAUGUGCCCCAACUUCACGUUCAAAUGUUGGCGCAACAAACGCAUGCGAAUGCCAACCGCGGCACAUACCGCGAACAUCUAAACAACAUGAUGCUGGGUGGGAGCCGCCCGCAACCGUAUUCCUAUAACAAUCCUGCGAUUUCAAUGUCCUCGGUGAACAGUCAGAGCGGCGGCGGCGGCGGUGGCGGCGGUAAUGCGCCGCCGCCUCUGGUUCGUUCAGCGGCCGGACAGAAUGCCAAUCACAUGUCAAAUGUCGAGCAAUCACUGGUGCAACAACAACAACAACAACAACAACAACAGACACAACAACAACGACAACAACAACAACAACAACACCAUAGCACAUUUAACCAUGCACAACACUCCCCAAACACGCACAGUCCACGUGGCCAUCAUGGCCAUGUCCUUGCCAACAACAACAACAACAACAACAACAACAGCAAUACGCGCAACAAUUCGUCCACGCCCUCCUCCAACUGCUCCCCCG